CGCGCGCACAUCAGGCUGGCUGGUCCUUGGGACCGGAGCCUGGAGGACCACUCCGGGACAGCGGAAAACAACAGAGGGAACUCUUGGCACGAAGUUAGGGUAUCGUUGGCGAGACACCUGCUUCAAUGCUGACGGGUCCAAAACAUCCGAUAAAACAGGAAAAUCUGGCGGAAAAUCAGAAGUCUUCGAUACAGUGUAAGCGGGUUAAUUUUGAAAGACCUCAACAAUCGAAGGUUUUUAUUGCGUUUAGGUUUAGAAGCUGUUGACCAAUGAAAGGAAACACGGGCCGCCAACCACCCCCCCCCCCCGGACGUGAUCACGUAAGACGCAUCGCGCGGGAAGCGGGUAACCAUGGAGCCGGGAGAGAGCGGGAGCGGCUCGGUGCCGGAGCCGGGAGCGGGGCAGGAUCGGGAUAAGGAGGUCGCGACCUCCAGUGCUGCAGGGCGAGUGGCAACGGCAACCUAUGAGCUUCCUUGGGUUGAGAAAUACAGACCACUGAAACUAAAUGAAGUUGUGGGGAAUGAGGAAACCGUCAGCAGGUUGGAGGUGUUCGCAAGGGAGGGAAAUGUACCCAACAUCAUUAUUGCAGGUCCACCUGGUACUGGAAAAACAACUAGCAUCCUGUGCUUAGCACGGGCACUGUUGGGUCCUGCAUUAAAAGAUGCCGUUCUUGAACUCAAUGCAUCAAAUGACAGAGGUAUUGAUGUGGUCCGAAACAAAAUCAAAAUGUUUGCCCAGCAAAAGGUCACACUACCAAAAGGUCGUCACAAGAUCAUCAUCCUGGAUGAAGCUGACAGUAUGACAGAUGGAGCUCAACAAGCCCUAAGGAGGACAAUGGAGAUUUACUCUAAAACAACACGCUUUGCCCUGGCAUGCAAUGCUUCAGACAAAAUCAUAGAGCCUAUCCAGUCUCGCUGUGCUGUCCUACGUUACACAAAGCUCACCGAUGCCCAGGUCCUUGCACGACUGAUGCAGGUGGUCGAGAAGGAAAAUGUCCAAUAUACAGAUGAUGGACUGGAAGCCAUCAUCUUCACAGCGCAAGGAGACAUGAGACAGGCUUUGAACAACUUGCAGUCAACACAUUCAGGAUUUGGGUUUGUCAACAGUGAAAAUGUUUUCAAGGUCUGUGAUGAACCACAUCCACUUCUGGUAAAAGAGAUGAUUCAACAUUGUGUUAAUGCAAACAUCGAUGAGGCAUAUAGGUUGUUGCUCACCUCUGGAAGCUGGGUUACUCGCCAGAAGACAUCAUUGGCAACAUCUUCCGAGUCUGUAAAACUUUCCAAAUGCAGGAGUACUUGAAACUGGAGUUCAUCAAGGAAAUUGGAUACACUCAUAUGAGAAUUGCAGAAGGGGUGAAUUCCUUAUUGCAAAUGGCUGGACUGCUGGCUCGACUUUGUCAAAAGACUGUGGCUCCACCAGCAAGUUGAUGCAUAGGCCCUAAUCUCCAGAGUGCUUUUGUUUUCAAAAACUAGUUUCAAGUUUGUUACAGAUUUGUAUGUUUAUCUGUAUAGACUUCAUUGGAUAUCUCCCAUCAGAUAACCUUCCUGUAUUCAUGGGAUUCUGUGGAUUUGUACUUCUGUAUCUCGGCUUUUAUCACUUUCUGGAGCUGUGUAAAGUUCACAUAAUAAAUGCAGAAAUUUUAAUGUGCACCAAAUCAGUAAGGCAUAAAUUUAUGUGAACUUAUUUCUCGACCAUGGAAACAACCAUAGAGCACGGAAACUAGAAUUUCCAAGUUGGAGACUGAUCAUUUCAAUAUGAAAUUCUGAUUUACCUGUUCCAUGGGUGUGUUUUAAUAUUUUCUUUUCACCUUGAUUCUGCUGUGUAGCCCGUGUAAGUUUCUUAGCAGCAUAGUAAGAUGCUGACUCCUUGGCUAAUGAGAUCCAGUACAGGUUCGCGUUGUUAGUUCUUCCUUUCUCCAGUUAUUUGUAAAAUAAAUUCAUCUCUGUUGAGGUAUUUGACAGUGGAUUCACUUCAGGAGAUCUUCACAUAUCACUGCUUUCUGUUUUUGUCAUUGGUCCCAAUUACACCAUGAAAAUAGCCCCAUGUGAGCUCCAGCACCCCAUGAGGCCACUUAAAUCCUAGUUCACGUGCAUGCUAGAAUGCAUUUCUAUUUUGCCGUGACUGUCUCCAUGGAAAUAAGCACACGUGCUGAAACCAAAUAGACUUUUUUUUAAACUGGUGAAUAUGAAGAAGCUGUUGACAUUUCUCAACACUUUAAUAAUAUAAAUAUUGCCUCUGCUCAGGGGAUUUACAGGUGAGCUGUUUUUCUUUUCUGUGUUUGUUGACCUGAUCAAUUUUGGAGAAAAACAUGAUUCAUACUGGGAGGAAUGUCAGAAAUGCAGUCAUGAAUGUGAUUAAUUUAUUAGAAACUCAGCCACAUACACGCACACAAUCUGAUUUCCUUGUUCUCUUUCCUUUUCACCGCAUGCCCCCUCCCCACCCAACCCUUAAAAUUGUAGCAGAGAGAUUAUCCGCCACAGUGGGUGAAGAGGUUGCAAAAGGAAAUUGCGCAGCAAAUGUAUGAAGGGAACCUAGAGCUUUUCAGAUCUGAGGUGUUGAGAGCUGCAAAGGGAAAACUGCUUGUGGAUUGAGGUUAGAAAUGGAAUUACAACAAUGGUUAGACUCCGAUAAGUCAGAAAUUAUUUGAUCUGGAUUGAAAAGGAGCAGACUACUUUCCCACUGAACACUAUUCUAAUGUUUGUGUGGGAAUGCUAGAGUAUUCUCCUCUUUGUGGAAUGAUGAGGCUUGUAAUUUUCAGUGGUGGAAAUGCUUAAGUCGGUCUUCCUUUUUGUUCACUGCAGUGACAGCAGUUGGAGUGGUUGAAGGAUCCAGUACUGUGACUGGGCUGCUCCACUGACGGUGGUUACAGGGAGUAGUUUCAUGACAUGACUGUUAACAGAUCCAGUGGCCAAAAAAACAGGAUGCUGCUCCUGUGACGGCAGGGAGCAAAAACCAACUUCAGUGUGCUCAUGCCAGCAACAAAGUUUAGUUUCAUAAAAAGCCUUCAAAACCCAAGGGAAGGAGUACUUUAAUUACAAGUUAAUUUUCCUGCCAGUUUGUCUUGCCUCUCUUUGACCAAUGCCAGAGCUCCACCAAACUUUUUCUCCUUGCUCCUCUUACUCUACAAAUAUGCUACUCUACCCUCAUUACGGUCACAUCUACUUCGUUUUUCCCCAACCUCAAAUCUUUGGAACUCAUAAUCUCCCUUAAUCUCCACCCCCUCCCCCAUACUUGUUUUUAAAACUCAAGCUUUGCAUUAUCUAAUUGCUGCUUUCGAAUUCUGCUGUCCAACCUUGGACUGUGGGCCAUCAACCUACUGAUGUUUUUUUUAAAAAUACAUCACCUAGAUGGAUUAAUGAUAACUACUGAAAUUAGAGGACACAUGGGAUCACCCAGGCUUGGCCAAAUUGCAGAUACAAGUUUUGAAAGCGCUUGCAGUAAAAUAAAACUAGAAUGGAUGUCGUAGGGAAUAUGACCUUUUGGCCAAGCCAGGAAGCUGAUAACUAGCCUGUGGGUCAGUCUGUGAUAAGCUGAGGAUUGUGGGUCAGAAAAAAAUAAGUUGAUGAAUGACCUGUGAGUUGUAGGGUAAUAAACUGAUUGCUUGACCUCGGGGUCAAGCUAAAAUAUGCAGAUGAUAGGCGCUGUGGUGAAAUGUCAGGAUGGAUGAGCAAAGUUUAUUUUGGAAUAAACUGAGGACAUCGUUUGUGCUAAAGGUCAGGUCAUUCUGUGAUCGUUUUAUAAAUUUCUCUAAUUACAGAUGCAUCAAACAGGUAAUUUCAUGUUUGUGUUGUAAACUUGUUUGUAAUUAUGUAGGUAACAAACUAGACAUACAAAAUGAUAACAUUGUGAGUUAAUGAUUAGAUAACACAAAGAUGGCAUACAAGAGACGGAACCUGUGUAAGUAACCUUGAAUUGCCUCUGAGCAUUCUGAAAGAGCAUUUCCUCUGUAUGCAUACUUAUACUGAAUAAACUGCUUGUUUUUACUUAAAA